AUGCGUACCUACGGAUUCCUCGCCGCCGCGGCCCUCGUGUCCCAGGCCACCGCCCACUACGUCUUCCCCACCCUGAUCGUCAACGGUGAGGAGACCGAGCGCUACGAGUUCGUCCGUGAGGCCAAGAACUCGAACUCCCCCGUCACCGACGUCGCCUCCGAGGACUUCGUCUGCAACAAGGGCGGCAACGACGACGACGUCCUGGCCAAGACCAAGACCAAGGCCAUCAACGCCGGCGACGAGGUCGGCUUCAUCGUCGAGAACGACAUGGGCCACCCCGGCCCCCUCCAGGUCUACAUGUCCAAGGCCCCCUCCUCCGCCGCCGAGUACAAGGGUGACGGCGACUGGUUCAAGGUCUACGAGCUCACCACCUCCGACAUCACCGACGCCGGCCUCCAGUGGGCUUCCUACGUCAACAACGCGGGCAUCCACAACUUCACCUUCACCGUCCCCAAGGAGACUCCCUCCGGAGACUACCUCAUCCGCGCUGAGCACAUUGGUCUUCACGGAGCUGGCACCGCCGGAGGUGCUCAGUACUACAUUGCUUGCGCCCAGGUCACUGUCACCGGCACUGGCUCUGAGACUCCUGCUCCCACCAUCAAGUUCCCCGGCGGCUACACUGGCAACGAGCCCGGUGUCCUGAUCAACAUCUACUACCCUGCCCCCAAGAACUACACCGCCCCUGGCCCCGUCACCUGGCCCAACGCCUGCGAGGACCACACCGCCAACCUCCUCGGCCAGACCUCCGACGGCGACUGCACCGGCUCUGAGGGUGCCACCACCCCCUCUCCCUCCACCCCCACCUCUCCCUCUUCCUCCGCUGCCCCCUCCGCCGGCAUCCCCGACUACAACGGCGGCAACAGCACCACCGUCCCCACCGCCGCCGCUCAGCCCAGCGCCGCGCCCACCGGUGCUUCUGACGACUGCGAGAAGUCCGCUGCUCGCCGCCGUGCGCGCUCCAUGCGCCGCCACCUUGCCCGCGCCGCCUACUAA